ACACACACACACACAAUGGUCUGAGAAGCUCCUCCUCCACAUGCGAAGAGAGAUCCUGAGAAAUGAAACUGAAAUUGUGGUUCUCUGCUUCCGGGACAGAUCUCUUUUACUCUUCCCUGCUGCAUACAUUAAAAAUGAUAACCACCAGCAAGCCACGCUCACGGAACCUUCCUGAGUGCUGUUUGUGUCUUACAAAGUCUAAGGAUGUUGUUACUAUUCCCUGUGGGCACUACUACUGCACUUCCUGCACUGACGGCUUGGUCAGUAAGUAUGAACGCACAGGCUCGUACAGCUGCCCACAGUGUUCACAAACUUUCUCCACCAAGCCUGAUCAGGAUGGACCAGUGGACACAGCUGUGGACAGUCUCAGAGAGACAGAUCUCUACACUGAACCCUCAGCAGCCCCAGCUGCUGGUCCAUCCUCUUCCAGCUUGACCAGGCCUGAGCAGGGCAGCCCUGUGGACAAACUGAGAAAGACAGCUUUCCACAUGCACACCACAGCAGACACCACUUCCAGGCCUGAGGACGUGGCCUGCGACGCGUGCACUGACAGCACACACAAAGCUGUCAGGUCCUGCCUGAUGUGUCUGGCCUCAUACUGUGACACACACCUCCGGCUGCACAACGACCUCCAUGUGAGGGCUGCACACACUCUGGUGGAUGCUUCUGAUCAGCUACAGGCCACGACGUGCUCCAUACACGGUAAAGUCCUGGAGGUUUAUUGCCUUAAAGACAAACAACGUAUCUGUUGCAUGUGCAUGCUGGAGGAUCAUAAAGGGCAUGACAUGGUGGCAGCAGGACAGGCAGAAAAGAAGGAGGAGUUAAGAAAUUCCAAGCAGAUGAUCACAGAGCAAGAGAAGCAGCUAAAGGAGCUUCGCUUGGCUAAAAACUCUCUCAGGCACAUCGCAAUAGCUACGGAGGAGGAGAGCGAGCGGCUUUUCACCGAGCUGAUCCGCUCUAUACAGGGCAGCCAGUCUCUGAUGAAGGUCCUGAUCCGAGCUCAGGAGCGAGCAGAACUGGACCGAAUCAAGGAGGUGAUGAAGCAGGUGGAGGAGGAGUUAACUGAGCUGAAGAGGAGUGAUGCUGAGAUGGAGCAGCUCUCGAGCACUCAGAAUGACAUCCACUUCCUACAGUCAGUUCAGGCCCUGAGUCUCACUUCUGCAAAUGUCUUAAAGAUGACAGUCAAUCCUCAGUUCUCUUUCGGCGAAGUGGUGAAAUCCAUCUCUGUGCUCAAGGAGCAGAUAGAAGACAUCUGGCAGCGUGAAUUUGAUCAAAUAGCAGCAGCAGUGAAAAAAGACAAGAUUGUAGUUCCUUCUGAACCGAAGACAAGAAAGGACUUCCUGCAAUAUCUGGUCCCGCUGUCUCUGGACCCCAACACAGCCCACCAGAGCCUGAAGAUGUGUGAAGAGAAGAGCGUGGCGUGCAGCACCAAGUGCCAGCCCUACCCUGACCACACUGAACGCUUUGACUGGUGGGCUCAGGUUCUGUGCCGAGAGCCUCUGAAUACACGCUGCUACUGGGAGGCCGAGUGGACGGGAUUACAUGGAGUGGACAUUGCAGUCUCGUACAGAGACAUCACCCGGAAGGGAGAAGAUGAUGAAUGCAGCUUUGGGUACAACAAACAGAGCUGGAGUUUGGACUGUGCCAUAUUGAAAUAUGCUUUUGUGCAUGACAAUGUCGAAACGGACAUCUCAGCACCUGUAUCCCACAGGAUAGGGGUGUAUCUCGACUACAAGGCCGGAGUGCUGGCCUUCUAUAGCGUCUCGGACUGUAUGACGCUCCUCCACAGAGCAGAGACGAGGUUCACACAGCCUCUAUAUGCCGGGUUUGGGUUGUAUCAGGGAUCCACAGUGAAGAUAUGCCAGCCAGACACAGAGGCAAAACAAACAGAUACCCAAAGAGUCAAGAGCAGUACAACUGAGAAUGGAAAAAACACACGAAGAAAAGAGCACAAUGGGCUCCCCUUUGGGGCUGGUGUUUAACAUUUCGACCUGUUGUCAGGGGAUCACUAGGUUGAAACCUAACAAUGCCACAGGCAUCUAUGCCCGAGAGUCCAUGUAAAGGAUAAAUGGAUUUGCUCUCCAUGAGCAAUGAUAGCAUUUUCUUUUGUGUCAAUCAGAGCAAUGCUAGCCAAUCACAGGACUUACUUACUGUUAGGCUCACUUAAUGUCUCCUCCAAGCAUAUUCAGCUAUUCAUUGGUGCAGUGGCUGGCUUUAUCAGGCAUGUAUUAGCCUUCGCCUUCUAGAAGUGAUAGCUGUCAAUAGCUGUGAAAAUCCAAAAAAUGGGGAAAAAGAAAGAAAAAUGGGAUUUCUGGCACCUAAAAAAGGUUCCUGUUCAACUUUUACAGAAGCAAAACUGGAAGAAAAAAAAACCCCACUGAAAAUCCAUGUAAAAGGGUUAAAUAUUCUUGUACAUUCAGGGUUGGGAACUUUUCCAUGUGCUUUUUUUUUUUUUUUUUUUUUUUUUGCUCUCUCAUCAUCAUCAUCAUCAUCAUCAUCAUAGUAGAAUAUUCUCCACUACUGAAUUUCGGCUUAAGCCUGUUUUCUUUAAAAAUAUUUGAUGCUCAAUUAAUGUUCAAAUUACUCAGGAAUUGAUGUUACACUUAAUUUGUAGUCUAUGAUGAGGUAUUUUAGUUUUGAUCUGCAUUCAUGAAAACAAUUCAUUCCAUUUGACCAAAAACAUCCCAGGAGCAAAAAAACAUUUAUAUAUUUAUCCUGCUCAAAUGAUUUGUUCACUUUCCAUUAUAAUAAAAUGGAGCCAUUUAUUAAUCACAAACCGUUAUAUAAACUGUGAGCUGCGCCCUUAGUGCACUCAACCCGAGACACUCAGCUGAGAAAAGGUUUUGUCCUAAAUAGCAGUGUGGAUUUUGAAUAAACAGUAUUUGCAAUGCAGUGGAUGUCAGUACCAGCUCCCAGGAGAAUUUCUGCUCUGAACUGUUUGUGUGUUUUGCCUGUUUCACCCCAAAACAGACUACAAGUUGCCACUCCUAUUAUCAGGAGAGCCUUCCUGUCAACAGUACAUCAUUUUCAUGUUAAAUGACUCAAUGUACAUACCCGUGUCCUUUUAUUCUCAAAAACUCCUGUAUUUGUUUACCUGUUUUAUUUUGUUUUAGUUUUUUUGGUUUUUUUUUUUUUUAACAGCCACUGCUGUGAUUCAACAUCAAAUUAAAUAUGAUUCAUCUGA